CACCGUUUACACUUCCAAAUAAAAGGAUAUAUAUUUAAAAGGACGAAUCCCCGCGAUUAUUUCCCUGAAAUUGAAACAGCAAAACCCUUGAAAUUAACAGCCCUAUUCGAGCUGCUCCCAUGGAUCCGCCGCCGCCAGAGGCCGUCUACUACAUCUGUGGAGAUUGUGGGAUGGAGGUUCAGUUGAAGUCCAAUGACGUGAUUCAGUGCCGUGAGUGCGGUUACCGUAUCUUAUACAAGAAGCGUACUCGCCGCAUUGUUCAGUACGAGGCGCGCUGAAGAACCCAGGCGGGGCUCUCAGCAUGGCUGCAGAUGACGUGAAUGAUAGAUGGCGCUUGUUAAAUAGCGCCAUGCUUUAUACAACUUGUACUGUCCUAACUCGAAAUAGCCCAAUCGGGCAAGGUGUGUAAUAAACGCAGCCCUUAGCGGCAUUGAGAUACCGGAACCCUAAACGUUAGUAACAUGUCCGUCGAUUAUGUAUCGAGUAUUAUAUUUGAAAGGAAAUGAUUUGCACA